GCGGCGCGGCGCCAUGUUGCGGGAGCGGGCAGGGGGCUGCCGGUGAGCGCUCCGCUGCUGGAUUCCCUCCCUUUUCCCCCCCCUUCCCCUUCCCCCGGCCCGAGCGGCCGCGGCCGAGCGGAGCCUUCCCCCGGCACCAUGAGCGGAGGCGGCGGGCGGGUGUGCGACCUGUCCCGGCGCAACCCGCAGGAGGACUUCGAGCUCAUCCAGCGCAUCGGCAGCGGCACCUACGGCGACGUCUACAAGGCACGAAAUGUCAACACGGGUGAGCUAGCAGCAAUUAAAGUGAUCAAACUAGAACCAGGAGAAGAUUUUGCUGUUGUGCAGCAGGAAAUCAUUAUGAUGAAAGACUGUAAACAUCCAAACAUAGUUGCUUAUUUUGGCAGCUAUCUCAGACGAGACAAGCUGUGGAUUUGCAUGGAGUUUUGUGGAGGUGGCUCUCUACAGGAUAUUUAUCACGUGACUGGACCACUUUCAGAACAGCAGAUUGCCUAUGUUAGCAGAGAAACACUACAGGGACUAUAUUAUCUUCACAGUAAAGGAAAAAUGCACAGAGAUAUAAAGGGAGCAAACAUUCUAUUAACGGAUAAUGGACAUGUAAAAUUAGCUGAUUUUGGAGUAUCUGCGCAGAUAACAGCUACAGUUGCCAAAAGGAAAUCAUUCAUUGGCACCCCAUAUUGGAUGGCGCCAGAAGUUGCUGCAGUAGAGAGAAAAGGUGGCUAUAACCAACUUUGUGAUCUGUGGGCAGUUGGAAUAACUGCCAUAGAGCUUGCUGAACUUCAACCUCCAAUGUUUGACCUACAUCCAAUGAGAGCACUUUUUUUAAUGACAAAAAGCAACUUCCAGCCUCCUAAAUUGAAGGACAAAAUGAAAUGGUCCAAUAGUUUCCAUCAUUUUGUGAAAAUGGCACUUACAAAAAAUCCUAAAAAACGACCUACAGCUGAAAAGUUACUACAGCAUCCUUUUGUUACCCAACCUUUGAAUCGAAGUCUUGCUAUUGAACUUUUGGAUAAAAUGAAUAAUCCUGAUCAUUCCACUUACCAUGAUUUUGAUGAUGAUGAUCCUGAGCCUCUCGUAGUGCCUCAUAGAAUUCAUUCAACAAGUAGAAAUGUGAGAGAAGAAAAGACACGUUCUGAAAUAAACUUUGGUCAAGUAAAAUUUGAUCCACCGUUGAGGAAAGAGACAGAACCACAUCACGAAUUUCCUGACAGUAGCGAUUUUUUGGACAAUUCAGAAGAAAUAUACUACACUGCAAGAUCUAACCUGGACCUGCAGCUAGAAUAUGGUCAUGGUCCUCAGUGUGGCUACUUCUUGGGUGCAAAUAAGAGUCUCUUAAAAUCAGUUGAAGAAGAACUGCAUCAGCGGGGACAUGUGGCACAUUUAGAGGAUGAUGAUGAUGCAGACGAUGAUGCUAAACAUGCUACUAUGAAACCUAAAGUGCCACCUCCUUUACCGCCAAAGCCUAAAUCCAUCUUUAUCCCUCAAGAAACUCACUCUUCUGAAAAUGAUAAUCAAGGGACGAUCAAGAGAUGCCCAACAUCAGAGAGUCCAGCAAAAUCUGCAUCUCAGGUUCCACCCAGACCACCACCUCCUCGGUUACCUCCACAGAAGUCUAAUGCUUUAGGUAAUGGAGUCACUUCUGUACAACUAAAUGGUGAAAGAGAGGGAUCACCACAUCAACAGAAUGAAGCUAGAGAGACUAGUUUUUCAAUGAAAGAAAAGAAGGAAAUCCUGAAACCAAUUAGUAACGGCCUUCCUCCCACACCUAAAGUACACAUGGGUGCUUGCUUUUCAAAGGUUUUCAAUGGCUGUCCAUUAAAAAUUCAUUGUGCAACAUCAUGGAUAAAUCCAGAUACAAGAGAUCAGUACUUGAUAUUUGGUGCAGAAGAAGGUAUUUACACACUGAACCUCAAUGAACUUCAUGAAACGUCAAUGGAGCAGCUGUUUCCUCGAAGGUGUACCUGGUUAUAUGUCAUGAACAAUUGCUUGUUAUCAAUAUCUGGUAAAGCUUCUCAGCUUUAUUCCCAUAAUCUACCAGGACUCUUUGAUUAUGCAAGGCAAAUGCAAAAGUUACCUGUUGCUAUUCCAGCACAUAAACUCCCUGACCGAAUACUUCCCAGGAAGUUUGCGGUGUCUACAAAAAUUCCUGACACUAAAUGGUGUCAGAAGUGUUGUGUUGUGAGGAAUCCCUACACAGGCCACAAGUACCUUUGUGGAGCACUACAGUCCAGCAUUGUUUUGUUAGAAUGGGUUGAACCAAUGCAAAAAUUCAUGUUAAUCAAGCACAUAGAUUUUCCUGUACCUUGUCCUCUGAGGUUGUUUGAAAUGCUGGUAGUCCCUGAGCAGGAAUUCCCUUUAGUUUGUGUCGGUGUCAGUAGAGGAAGAGACUUCAACCAAGUGGUGAAGUUUGAAACUGUCAACCCAAAUUCUACCUCUUCAUGGUUUACAGAAACAGACACUACAGAGACAAGUGUUGUACAUGUAACACAGCUGGAGAGAGAUACCAUUUUGGUGUGUUUGGAUUGCUGCAUAAAAAUAGUGAAUCUGCAAGGCAGGUUAAAAUCCAGCCGCAAGCUGUCGUCGGAGCUCACGUUUGACUUUCAGAUUGAAUCAAUAGUCUGUCUACAAGACAGCGUGUUAGCCUUCUGGAAACACGGCAUGCAGGGAAGGAGUUUUAGAUCAAAUGAGAUCACACAAGAAAUUUCUGACAACACGAGGAUAUUCAGGCUUCUGGGAUCUGACAGGGUCGUGGUGCUGGAGAGUAGGCCAACAGAUAACCCAACAGCCAACAGCAAUUUGUACAUCCUGGCAGGGCAUGAGAACAGUUACUGAGAAGAGUGCCUGGGAGGCAGCUCACCGUGUCCAGAGAACACUCCUGCUGCUGCAGCAGCGUUCGUGACUGGCUGAAAUUGCACAAAAGCUGCAGUAACCCUACUUCAGUUACUUUAUAAUUUAUUGUGGCAUGAGAGGAAAAUGAGAAUUGUUUGUGGUAUGGACACAUAAGCAUUACGAUACCACAGAAGUGCUUAAUUUACUGUUAUGUAAUCUUUGUACAUACGCAGUAUUUUUCAGUGAAACUUCUUGCUGAAGCCCUCCACUGACUUUCUGUAGAUAGCAGUCCUCCUGUUAAGUACAAGUGUCUUACCUGUACAGAUGUAAAAGUCACUGAGGAUGCGAAAAUGAAAUCGGGGUACUAUUUUAAGGACUUCUCGUGUGUUUAUUAUCAAGUGGGAUGCUAGGAACAGAUACAGUACAGUUAAGAACACUAUUGUAUUUUAUUAUAUGUAAUUUACUAAUACAAAUAAAUCUUUACUUUUAGAGAUGGUAACCAAGGCUGUAAUCAGAUUACAAUCUUGUUUUAAUUUUGAUGCAACACACUGGUGUUCAUGUUUGCACAACGUAUUGAGAUGUGAUGUAUUUAGUCACAAAGGUAAGCUGUGACUUUGUGGAUAUGACUUAGGCUUCCAAGAUCCUUUUUGGUUUUUUAGUUCACUUGUGUAGUUUUCUUUGUGAAACAAACCAGUUAAACACCUGUAUUUUUAUAUUUAAUUAAAAUUCUCCUUACAAUUA